CUUUUGGCGGUCUUGGUCGUUGGAGCAGAAUCUUGGAGAAGCCAUUCUCUUUUCUACCUUUUCCCACUCCCCAUUCGACACUUUCGUAUCUUUCUGAAAAAAAGGGCGUCGCGAAGAAGCGAGAAGAAAAAAAAAGCCAUUCACGUCGCGAAAGAAGAAUACGCGUUCUUUUAUUUUUUUUUCUUUCUUGGUCAUUAUUCUUUUUUACUCUUGACUUCUUAAUUCUCUAUUGCCAACCCUCUUAACACCAGUCAGAAGUACAAUACUUGGUUGUAUUAUACCUCACUGGUUAAUAUCCCACGGGCGCUAAUUCGAUAUCAAGUUCUUAAGAAGAGCAAGGGGAAAACAAAAAUAGGAGUUCGUAAGACGACAGAAAGUUGUAUUAGUAGCGCUCUUGAUUUUUACGACCUAGAAACGUUUGACACGCGACCGAUUACGUGUAUCCGAUAAUAAAGCUUUCUAUUCUCGUAAACACCGAAAUCAUGUCUGACGCCGAAGGAUUCGAGGUCGUCCAACACGACGAGUCGGCCCUCUCAGGCGAGGAGACUGCCGGCACCACUGGCACAGGCGCAACUGAGUCUCCCAAGUCUUCGGUUAAGUCUAGCAGUGAAUCCAAACCCGAAGGCAUGGCUGUGAAGCGACCAGCUGCUGGCGCGUCCGGUGUUCGUCGUCCAGGCACCGCAGCCAGCACCGCUUCGAAGACUUCAACUUCGACGGCCCGUGCAAGUGGCGGUCUGACAAAGCCCCCGACUCGCCCACCUGUCGGAACUACUGUCAAGAAGCCGUCAGUAAGCACUACUGCGACUCACAGACCCCAGCUUUCUGUCUCGGAGGAUGAGAGGAAACGAUCUACUAUGACAUCGGCGGCGGCGCGUCGAACCUCAACGGCGCCAAGCGUGACGUCCCCGGGAAAGUCAAGUGUUAGGUCGAGUAUUUCCACUACAACCACCGCAAGGAAGCCCUCUACGGCUAGUAGCACUACAGCUCCAAGAACUGGCACUCUCGCGAAACCCGCGUCGUCUACAACUGGCACGGGGGGUUUGUCGACACGGACGUCUACGGCUACCAGACCUGGAACUACUGGUGCUGUGGCCGACGCAAGGAAGCGGCUAUCCAGUGUCACAGGUUCUCCAGCUACUUCUGCUGGAGCCGCAAGACAUGCAGCCCGCCCAUCUCUUGCGUCGCCCAUUUCUGCGACUGCAGCUAAGGAUAUUGACGACUUAAAGGCGAAGCUUGCCGAAAAGGAGUCGGAGGUAGAAUCCUUAAAGGAACAGGUUACUUCUUCUGAGGCCAAGGUCGCCGAACUCGAGGAAAAGAUCAAGGCCGAGGCAAACGGCGUCCAGGGCGCCAAAGAUGACGUGCACCAAGGACAUGAAGAACUCUUGGAAACCUUGAAGUCCACCCAUGCCUCGGAGAAGGAAGCUCUGAGCACCCAGAUCUCGGAAGCUGUCGAAAAGCUCAAGGCCGCUGAGGAGCAGCUCGAAGCCCACAGGACGAAGCUGGCCGAACUAUCUAGCUCCCAGGAGGCCAAGGACACCGAAAUCAUCAGCCUGCAGAGUAAACUCGAAUCCCUCCAGCUCGACAAGGAUACUGGUGUCAAGGAUAGCGAAUCUGCUUUGGCCAAGGUGGCCGAAGAGCAUGCUGCUGAAUUGGAAAGUCUUCGCAAAUCAUUAGAUGAACAACAUCAAGCUGUUGUUGAAGCUCUGAAGACUUCGCAUGCGACUGAGCUGGACCAGACCAAAACCUCAUCUAGCGAGUACGAGAAGGCGCUGCAGGAACUGAAGGCUGCCAAUGAAGCAUUGCAGAAGAAGAUUGAUGAACUGACCUCUUCGACCGAAAGCGUCGGCGCCGAGAGUGCUUCUAAGAUUUCUGCAUUGGAGAGCGAGCUUGCAGAAUUGAAGGCUGCUGCCGAGCAAGACAAAGCUGCCUUGGCUGCUUCGCAGGCGGAGCUACAGGAAGUUAAAGCGAAGCUUGAGGAAUCCCUCGCUGCCGCAGAAGCUGCAAAGGAAGAGCUAAACAAGGUCAAAGAAGAGUUUGCCAGCUUACAGGAGGAGUUAGGUCAGGCAAAGGCGGCAGCGUCGUCCAAUACUGAUUUGGCUACUCAGAUCAAGGAGGCCGAAGAGAGAUACGAGAAGUUGAAGCAAGAGCACAAAGUCUCAGAAGAGACACAUGAAGCCCAGCUGAAACAAGUAUCCCAGGACUACGAGACAGAAAUCGAGAGCCUCAAGGGCGAUGCCUUCUUCAAGCGCAAGUUCCACGUCCUUGAAGAAGAACAUAACGAAUUGAAGGCUAAAUUUGACGAGCUUAACGACACACAUUCAACGGCGGUCCAGAAACACACGGAAGAGUUACAGGCUGCAAAGGCUGAGCGUGAGGCUGCUGUUGCGGCCCUUUCCGCCAAGGAAGAGGAGCACCAAAAGGCGCUUGACGCGUUGCAAGCCAGUCAUGCAAUGGCCUUAGAAGAUGCUAAGAGCGGUGUAUCGGCUGACAAGGAAGCGCAAAUAGCCGAGUUAGAGUCACUGAAGGCUAGCCACGCGAAGGAAAUCGAGAUCUUGAAGACCGAGAGCGAAGCUGCUCUCGCAAGGGAAUUAGAGGCUAUUAAAGCCGCCCAUCUCGAGACCCUCAAUGCUCAGAAGCAAGAUGCGGAAGCAGCGAUUGCCGACUUGAAAGCUGCUCAUGCCCAAGAGCUUUCUACCAAGGAUGCCGAUGGUAGCGCACAGAUAGCGCAACUCGAAGCUUUGAAAACUGCUGUCGAGGAGGCGCACGCCGAGCUGGAGAAAGCCAAGGCCAGCCACGCACAAGCGCUUGCCGAGAAGGAGGCCGACAGCAGCACCCAGUUGGAAGCAUUGAAGGCGGCUCUCGAAGCCGCGCAUGCUGAGCUCGACAAAGCUAAAACUGCCCAUGCUCAAGAGCUAGCUACCAAGGAGGCUGAUGGAAGUGCCUACUUGACCCAAUUAGAAGCUCUCAAGACAGCAGUUGAAGAGUCGCAGGCCGAACUGGAGAAAGCUAAGGCUAGCCAUGCUGCUGCCCUCGAGGCUUUCAAGAAGGAAACCGAGGAUGCUCACUCUGCCGAGAUCGAAAAGUUGAUAACAAUGCAAUCUGAGGCUGUGGAAGCUGCAAAGAACAACGCGUCAGGUUCGCACAAGGAGGCUGUCGAGGCUCUUGAAGCGAAGCACGCCCAGUUGAUCGAGGAGUUGAAGCGGGAGCAUGAAAGCAAGCUCUCUGCCGCCACGUCCGAGGCAACCAAGAAUCUAGAUGUCGCCAACGAACACGAGGCAGCAUUAAUUGCGGCAAAGGAAGCUUUGGCCAAGGCUCAAGAGCAAUCUACAACCUUAGAAAACGAAUUGAUUGAUGUCAAGACUAAGAACAUUGAGCUGGUCAAGAUUCAAGAAGAGUCGGAAUAUCUGCACCAACAACUUGCAGAGGCUAAGAUGAACAAUGUAGAACUUAUGGCUGAGCUUGACGCCUUGAAGAACCAGAGGCCCGACACCUCUGCCGUAGACGCGCUGAAGGCAGAGAUCGCAGAGCUUAAGAAAUCUCACGCACAAGAAUUAGCCGCCAUUAAGGAGGUUUCUGCGAAGUCCGCAGGUGAUUUCGAUUCACUACAUAAGGAGCAUAUCGCAACGAAGUCCGAGUUUGAAUCCUUGAAGGAGCAGUUAGAGAUAGCUAAGCAGGACGCCCUCAUUGCGAAGAAGAAUUUGGAGGCGCACAAGAACGAUGCCGAGGCUAAGCUGAGGAACCAGGAAGCCGACUACAAGGAUAUGUACGAGAAUCUGUCUACUAUAGCGGAGGAAGAGCAGAAGAAGAGGGCGGCCAUUGAGAAGGAAGCAUCCGAUAUCAAGUCUAGAUUUGCAGAGAUGGAGGCUCAGCUGAAGGUCAAGGACGCAGAAAUUGCCGAGGCACUGGUACGAAAGCCCAAUUAAACUCGAUUAGUAGUAAUCUAUAAUAUAAUAUGCUGACCUGAACACCAGGCUAAGGCGGCGGCGCAAACGC